GCGGCCCACUCCUCGCUCCUGCACCGACCUCCAGGGGAAACCGCUUUGUUACCAACCGUAUCCAAAUUUUACGCGGGUUACCCAAGUCCGACUCAAUUAAAAUACAGUAGCCCCAGAGAAGUAGGUUUUGGAGACAUAACGUGUACUGUCUCUUUAAGAUCCCUUGGCUAGUUUGCUUCGUAUUGAUCAAUCCACCAUUUUCCAACACACAGCGGCGGCAGUGGUAACACAGCGACAGCUAACCCUACCUGGAGACGCCAGGACCCGGGGCAGUCAUGGCAGCGAACAUGUACCGGGUUGGAGAUUAUGUUUAUUUUGAAAACUCAUCCAGUAACCCACUGCUGAUCCGGCGGAUAGAAGAGCUCAACAAGACGGCCAAUGGAAACGUGGAGGCUAAAGUGGUCUGUUUCUACCGACGCAGAGACAUCUCCUCAACGCUCAUCGCCCUCGCCGACAAACACGCACGAGAGAUGGAGGAGGAGAUGGAGAACCCAGAGUUGAACCCAGUUGACCUGCCAGAGAAACAGAAACACCAGCUGAGACACCGGGAGCUGUUCCUGUCCCGCCAGCUAGAGUCACUACCCGCUACACACAUCAGACCAGUCUUCAACUCUCCGCCAGACCAGUCUUCUAACCCCUCCACCUCCCACCAGACCAGUCUUCUAACCCUCCACUUCCCACCAGAUCCAGUCUUCUACCCUCCACCUCCCACCAGACCAGUGAAGACUGGUCUGCUCAGGUCAGUGGGUACCUUUGCGCGGGCUCUAGACUGCAGUAGUUCUGUCCGGCAGCCCAGUCUUCACAUGAGUGCUGCUGCUGCCUCUAGAGACAUCACCCUGUUCCAUGCCAUGGACACCUUGGAUAAGACGGGUUAUGACAUGACGCGGGCCAUCGCUGCCCUGGUUCCCCAGGGAGGACCUAUUCUUUGCCGGGACGAGAUGGAGGAGUGGAGCGCCUCAGAGGCCAACCUGUUUGAAGAGGCCCUGGAGAAAUACGGAAAAGACUUCACAGACAUACAACAGGACUUUCUGCCCUGGAAGUCCCUGACCAGUAUCAUAGAGUAUUACUACAUGUGGAAGACCACAGACAGAUACGUACAGCAGAAACGGUUAAAAGCAGCGGAGGCAGAGAGCAAGUUGAAGCAAGUCUACAUCCCCAACUACAACAAACCUAACCCCAACCAGCUGAGUGCUAACAGUGUGAAGCCUGGCAUUGUGGGAGGCCUAGUGAACGGCUCCGGGGCUGCAGCUGGAGCCACAGUCGGAGCUGGGGGUGUCCCGGGGGUGCUACCAGUGCCCCCAGGACAGACCCCAGGACUGGGCCGCGCUUGUGAAAGCUGCUACACCAUCAGCUCGUACCAGUGGUACUCGUGGGGUCCCCCCAACAUGCAGUGUCGUCUAUGUGCCUCCUGCUGGACCUACUGGAAGAAGUAUGGAGGACUGAAGAUGCCAACAAGACUGGAAGGAGAGAGGCCUGGACCCAACCGCAACAACAUGUCUCCCCACGGUGUUCCAAUGCGUCACAGCGGGAGCCCCAAGUUUGCUGUAAAGACGAAACAGGCCUUCUACCUGAUGACCACUCGGGUGACGCGCGCCGCCCGACGCGUCUGUCAGGACAUCAUCAGACCACGCUUCCUCGCCAGGCACCCCUACCUCCCCCUCAACACAGCCCAAAUCAAACAAGAAUGUGCACUGCGGUUGCCAGACGAGCCCAAAAAGCCAUUGCCGCUGAAGCCGGUUGACAGGAAGCCUCUGGAGUCAGUGGUCCGAUAUCUUGAGGCCCACCCGUGCCCACCCAAACCUGACCUCCCGCGCGGCCAGACCGUAACCACGGGCAGCCUGACACCCAUCAAGUCGACGCCUAACAUCCUCAACAACGGAUCACCCACCAUCCUGGGCAAACGCACCUACGAGCAGCACAACGGCAUGGACGGAACAAAGCCCAAAGCCCCACAGUGGGACAUCAUGGCCAAGAGAACAGCUGAGCCAGGCAGGACCACUUCUGCCCCCAUGCAGCAGGACGAGGUACAUGAACUGGACUGACUGACUACAGCAGGGACCUCACUACAACCUUCAUAUAAGGUAAAUGAAAUGGGAAGGCAUUUUUCCACAUCCAAAGAUGGAGUUGGGGGGGAUUUGAGUGGAGCAGGGCUGGAGGCCGCAGCACCAUCACUGAUUGGCCACCAUCUCACACAAUCAGCAUGAGCCUGCAAACUGUCAAAGACCAACCAACCAAUCGUCUUUUGGAAUGGAAGGAAUAGAACUAAGGCUGUGGCCUAUCGGAAGAUUGCCUGACUGUACAGGACUGUGUUUAUUACUUAACCUUUCUUGUUAUUACUGUCAUUACUGUAAUUAUUAUUUUGUUUAUUUUAGUUUAAUUUUUUUUACCAACUAUAACCCGAAGCUUAAGUUUAAUUGUUGAUAAAAAAAAAUAAAAAAAAGAUGAAACUUAGUUUCAUGAAAACUGCUUUCGUUGUUGCGUGGAAAACCCCUGUGGAAAAGGGUGAAAGAAGGACUGUCUGUAUUGUAAUAUAAGCCACUUGCAUCUUUUUUUAACAGGUUUAUUAAACAUAUGGCAAGGAGAUGAACAUUCAUUUCAAUGACAUAAGUAUACUUCCUUGGUUAUUUUUAUUAUUAUUUUGAAAUCUUCAAGAGGAUUCUGUUUUGUGAGCAGGCCCGACCCUAUUUGACCAGAGAGGUUUAACUUAUUGAGAAAGACUGAAACAUGCUGUUUUUUCUACCUUUUUCACAAGUAAUGCAUCUAUGCUUCAAUGAUGUAAUUAAAAUGAUAAUAGAUUU